UCUGAGAACUCCUGUCUAUCGAAAAGAAAAUCGUUGCCAUCACAUUUACCAGCGUGUCAGCGUCACUUUUUGUUCUUCCGACUAUAAUAGAUGGAACCAUGCUAGCCAACAUACCUAGUUAAUUGCAUCACAAUAUUAUAGUUAAAACCAUUUUUUAAAUACAUUUUUACCGUUAAGCCGAGUUUCCAUUACACCGUAAAUUAACGUUUUCUGAUUGGCUGAACGGUUUAGUUCAGCUAAUUUUACAUGCCUGGAUACCACUUGGUCAGCCAAUUUUUAAUAAUUAAAUAUUUAAUCGUGUAUUCCUGUAUUCGUGUGAUCACUGAUCUGGGCUUAAAUACUUAAUUUUUUCCGACGCUAUAUGAUUUACUAGUUUUAUAAUUUAUUACAAUUAAAAUGAAGUCCAGUAAUAGAAAUUUUGACAGAAGCCGUAGUCCAAUAAGGUCUAAGAAAAGUGGAUGUAAAAAAGUAUUUGUGUCCAAUAUACCUUUUGAAUACAAAUGGAAAGAGUUGAAAGAGUUGUUCAACAAAGAAGGUAUUAGUAUGCCAUGUGAUAAUACAAUUUUUUUCUCUAUAAACAAUUAAAAAUUAAAAAUCUUCAUAAUUUUAUUUACUUAUAAUGUAUUAACAUAUUUUGUUUUUGUUUUAGUUGGUGAUGUGGCAUUUGUGGUACUAUAUAAAGAUGAAAAUGAAAAACCUCGAGGCUGUGCUACAAUUGAAUUUAAUAAAGCGGAGACUGUUCAAAAAGCUAUUAAAAAGAUGCAUCGGUUUGAUAUAAAUGGAAGAAGAUUGGUUAUUAAAGAGGUAUUUAUUUUUAUCUGAUAUUUAGAAAAAAUUAAUAUAUAUUAAUCCAUCAUUGGUAUCGAUGUUAGUGUUUCGCCAAAAUUAAACUUAUAUUAGGAACCACUUGUUCAAACAAAAAUAUAUUGUUUUGAAACUCCAUGUACCUUUUAUUGACAUAGUAUUAUACUAAAAUAACAACAAAAACAAACUAUAAACAUCUAUUUGUAGGUAUUAUAAGCAGUGAAAUUGCCCAUUAUGUUAACAUCCUGUUCGCAUGAUAUUAAUCGUGUUAUAACAAAACCUAUCAUUAUAAAGUUAUUUAUUUAGUUAAAAUAUUUUUUUUCACUCUGUAAUAUAGUACUUUUUUUAUUGUACUUAAGUUUUAAAGUCAAUUUGUCAUGGUAUAUGUAUGUAUGUAAAGAGCAUACUUGACCAACAUGUCAUACCACAAAAGAAAACUCAUUUGAACAAUUUGAAUAAUGAGUUAUAAUUUUUUAUGAUUUAUUUUUUUGUAAAAUUUGUAUUAUUUUAACAGGUUUUAAUUUUUAACAUAGACAAUUUGAAAGACAAUUGCUAUUGAUAAUCAAUUUUUGUAGGAUUAACUAGAUAAAUGGUUAUCUUUGUUUCACUAUUCUAAGUUUAUUAAAUAAUUCACAUAAACAAAUAAAUGACUAUAUUAGUUUAAUAUGAUACAAAUUGUUACAAAACAUGAUCAAGGUUUCUUAAAUAAAAUUUUAUUUUAGGAUGAUGUUGAAAGAAAUAACAGGGGCUACCUAAUGCUACGUGGAUCUCGUAAUACUGAAAGUGGUAGUAAUUUUGAUGUUGGAAGCAGUGAAGAUAGGACUAAUAACAGAAUGUCUAUAUCAGAUAAUUUUCAGUGCGACAGUACUUAUGGACUUUCUCCUAAAUUCCUUGAAACACUUGAUAUCCGUGGUCCUCUUAUCAAUCGUAUAUUUAUUGCAAAUGUAAAGUUUUUCAAAUUUGUAUGAUAUUUUUUAUAUUACAUUGUUAAAAAUUUUUUAGCUUGACUAUAAAGUGGAUGAAACAAAACUUCAACAGGUAUUUAAACUUGCCGGUCGCAUAGUAGAUGUCGAAAUAUUUACAGAUAAACAUGGAAAAAGUAAAGGAUAUGGAAUAGUCGAGUAUAGACAUCCAGUUGAAGCUGUUCAAGCCAUUUGUAUCCUUAAAUAUAUUUUAAUGGUUUUAAUUUAUUGUAUUUCAAAUUUAUAUUUUUCUUAAUAAUUUAUCUUCAGCUAUGUUUAACAAUCAAAUUUUGUUUGAACGUCCAAUGUCUAUACGUUUUGAUCGUACUGAUCCUUUAGCAAGACUUCCCGAAGGCUUAAAAUCAAUUGGAAGAGGCCUAGGCCCAAGUGGAACACCAUUGCAUGGUAUUGAAAGUAUGUGAUUUUGGUGAUUCUUUACUAAUAGGAACUACUAUUAUUACUAAUUACAUAAAAUAUUUAAUAAUUCAAAAUGAAAAUUAUUUCUGAUUGAAAAAUUCAGAAUUUUGACAUUUUAGAUUAUAUUUUAACAUUUAAUUCCUAUUAUUCCAUUAAGUUUAUAUUCUUAAUAAAUUCUUAUUCUAAAUUUGUUUAUUUCUUUUGAAUAGGAAAUCUGUCAAAUAAUACUUCACUAAUACAGCCUCAGGCAUUAAGUACACCAGUGAAAAAUUCUGCUUUAGCUGUUAUGAGUGGUCUAAGUACUGAUAAAUUGGGUAUUGCAACCCAUAAUCAGUGUGCUUGUAAGUAAAUUUAAUCAAAUUUUUAAAAUUAUUUGUUUAUAAUGAAGUUACUUUGAUUUUAUAAAAGCUCAAGGAGUUAAGAGACUUGGAAAUUUGAGUGCCAGCAAUUUAGGAAUUGCGUCACUAGGACCUGUAUAUGGAUCUGGUUUAAACACUAGUGGAGGUGGAUCAAUGAACAAUUCUUCACUACAUCAAAGUACUAUAAUGAUAAUCAUUUUUUAAUAAGUUUUUUUAAAUUUUAAGUACAAAAUUAUAAAAUAUUUAAUUUCACUUGUAUUGGAUGACAUGUAAUGUUAGUCAAAUGAUUUUGUCAUGGAGGCUAGUUUUUUAACAAAUUAUUACUAUUAUUUACAUGAUUUUUUUUUUUUCUAAAGAAUAUUUUGAAUAUUUUUAGAUGCAAUAUAAUUAGUGAUAAGUCAAACCCUGAUUUUUGACAUCCAACCGAACUAUUUAAAAUAUUUUUCAGUUUUUUCACCUAUCCUAACCUAGGAAAAUAUUCAAUCAAACUCAAACUUGAAUUUUUUUUAAAUUUAGAUAUAAUGAUAAUCACAUUACCUUUUAAGAUUCUGAGCAGAGCAAGGAAUAUAUUGGUUUUACGAUGAUGUUUAUUUUAUUUUAUUUUUUUAUGCAAACACUUCCUACCAAAAGGCUUACUCUGAUUACCAAGUAUAGGAAAUAUUCUAAAAUAAUAUUCCUAAAAGGAAAUAUUCUUUGAGUAGGACUUAGGAGAACUAAUUUUUUGAAAUUCUCAUUAAUAUUCAAAAUAAUUAGAAAAACCUGCUUCUUUAGGUUUAAAAUAAGGUUUUCAUUAGCAACUGUUGUUAUUUUUUUUUUAUUAUUUUGUUUCUUUUAAAUAAUCAUUGUUGUCAUGGAAAUUCACAUUGUUGAAAAAGCAAUACUUUAGACCCAGCUAUAUCAAAGUAAAAUAAAUUUUGAUUUUGAUACAUUCUUUUACAAUUUAUCUUUAUAUUAUAUUUUUUUUAUUUUAUACCUAGUCCAUCACUAUCAACUGGAGUUCGCUCAGAAUCGUUUUUAUUAGCAAUAAAUUAUUGUUGCUUACAGAUAUAUAUUUAAUUCCCUUCUAUAUCCUACCUUGCCAACUUCCUACCUACUACAGUGGCUGCUACCACAUGCGAAGUAUGUUCUAGCUUUUUUUAAAUUUUAAUUCUAUGUAGGAUAAAAUAAAUAUUGUAAUAUAAAUGUGGGGGUAAAAGUAUUAUGUGGAAUUUAUCCCAGAUGUUUAACCAGUUCUGGACUUCUGUAUCUAGUUAAAUAUUUUUUUGGAUUCAUAAGGUAAUCAUAAUUUUGAUUUUUUAUCAACAUCACUUGGAGUAAGAAGCUCAAAUAGUAGUCAUGGACUUUUUUCUACAGAUUCUAGAUUUGGAUUGGGUAAUUAAUAAUUAUGUACAUUAACAAAUAUACAUAUGCUUUGUAAGGUGUACCAAUUUGUUUAGCUACUACAUUAUUAAGCCUAUAUCACCUUAUAAUAUGCCAUAUUACUAAUUGCACCUAACUAAUAAUAAUUAUAGUAAGAAAUAUACUGUUUAUUAUAUUACAAUUGAAUAUAAUAAAUAAUUAUUAAUAAAACAAAUAAUAACAAAUUACUAAAUUGGUUAUUAUUCAGAAAUGAAAAUAUAUUUAUGUAUAUAGGUAUAAAAUAUGUAAAAAUAUACUACAAUGUAAUUGUAAAAAAUCUCUAGACAUGAUUGGUAAAAUAAUCAUAAAAUUGAUUUCAAUAUAAAUAAGGAUUCCAAAUAAUAAAUUUCAAAGUAAAUACUUAUAUUAAUUCUAUAUUGGAAGAGUUGCAUGUAUUAUUGUAUACAUCUAUAUUAUUAUAUAAUAAAUAGGACAAAUUUAAUUUAAAUAUAUCUUUGUCAUUUCACCUAAUUUUUUACAAUAUAUUCUAUUUAAGUAAUUUUACUUUCUAUGUAAAAAUAAUAUAUUUUCUAUUCAUUCUUGGUACUAAAUAUGGUAUAAUUGCAUAUUUCAUUUAAAUGACAUAAUAAAUUUUAAUAGUAGUAAUAAAUUAGUUAUCAUGUCUUAAUUAUUUCUUUAAAUGAUUGGUAAUCCUUUCCUAGGUUAUUAUAAUUAAAAAUAAUAUUUUCAAAAUUAAUAUUUUAGAUUCUGAGUUGAGCGAAGAAACUGAUGGUUUUACAAAGAUAUUUAUUAUUUUUUAAUUUUAUCUGUGGGCAACUUUUCUACCAAAAAUCUUGUUCCUAUUUACAAUGGUACAACUUUUUCUGAAAGGAAAUCUGACUGGAAAGAUACUUUAGGAAAGUCAUUUUUUAAUUUUCUCAAUAUAUUGAGAAAAAAAUAUUAUUAAAGAAAAUAUAUAAUGUUUAUUGAAUUAAAUACAACAGUGUCCAUCUGCAAUUUACAAAUAACAUAAGACGCCUAUUGACAUCUAUAAGAGGAAAUUUAUCAUUUAUUUCUAUUAUUCUUAAGGGUAUUUAAGUAAAUGUUUUUAAGUAAUCCCACCCACUCGCUAAUCUUUGGUAAAAGUAUUAAUUAUUUAGAUUUAUAUUGUAUAUUAAAUUUUAAUAUUGUUAUUCCAGAUAGUGGAAACAUAAGAAUGGGUCAAAAAAAAUCUGACACAAUUAUGGUAAUUAAUUUACCACCAGGAACAACAUGGCAAGUCUUAAAAGAUUUCUUCUUUGACUGUGGAGAUAUAAAAUUUGCUGAAGUCAGAAAUGAAUUUGGAGUUGUACAAUUUACUCAUGAAUGGCUUGCUGAAAGAGCUAAAAGUAUCCUUUUUAUGUACACAUUUUAGAAUCAAAUAACAAUAUUUUGUAAUUUUAUUUUGAUAUAAUAUUGGUAAUGUAUAACCAAAUUAAUAUCAAUAAACCAUUAAGUUAUAUUUUUAAUGUAAUAGAGCUAACAUUCUAGAAGUGGCAUCAUUUUCUUCAACAAUCUCACAGUUUGAGAAAGGAUGUUUUUAAUUUAAUUUUUAAUUAAUUUUAAAAUUGUCUAUUUUACAAAACUAUACUACUCCUAAAGCUGUAACUCAAAAUAUGAUUUAUUUAUAUAUAUAUAUAUAUAUAUAUAUUCAUAUACUAAAUAUCUCACAUCCCUAUGUACAGUUAAUAGAAGGGAUUGGUAAAAAUAAAAAUUAAUAGUUUUUCCUUAAUGACAAUAUUUUCAGAUUUAAAACAUUUAUCCAGAUUUAAUGGUCAUGUAGUUGAAGUAGUGUAUUUCUAACUGCAUGUGUAGUUUACUAUUAUUAUAACUUCUCAAAUAUAAUACUUAAUUUAAAAGACUGUAAGCUAGGUUAAUUCAAUAUUUAUUGUAACCUAUUUUAUUGACUUUGAAUUUGUGUCUUGGACUAAAAGUAACAAUCUCACUUGGAGAAUAAGGUAUACAUUUUUCAUUUUAUUUUUGGUCAGUUUUUAUAUUUUUAAUUAUAUUCUGAAAUAUUAUUUUCUCGUUGCA